GGCCACAUUCCAAAUAUACUCAUUGGAAACAAACAGUUUUUUAUACAACUGAUUCUAUUACUAUCAUGAGCGGUGAAACUGUUGCUGGUACGUUAUCUUGUGCGCCUAAUAAGAAGAAUAACCGAGAUUUAGAUAUCGAAAUAUCGUAUGAAUUUUCAGGCGAAGCGAGUAGUUGCUCAGAGACUUGUAAAUAUAAGAUGUGA